CAUGGAAGAAGGAGCGAAUGUACAACGGCCACCACUGCUGAGAGGACCAAACUACAAUUUCUGGAAGGGGCGCAUGAAGGCAUUCCUGAAAUCACAAGGUGGAAGAGUCUGGAGAAGCGUAGAAACUGGCUGGCAGAUUCCCACAAAGACAGUUGAAGGAUCAGAUGCAAAAAUUCCCAAAACAUUUGAGGAAUACUCAAAGGAGGAAGCUGCAGCUGCUGAAUGCAAUGACAAAGCCUUAAAUGCAUAAUUUGGAGCGGUGGACAGACAGCUCUCAAUACAGACUCAUUGCAAAUUGUACUGAAGCUCAGAAGGCUUGGAAGAUCCUUGAGACAACCCAUGAAGGAGAUGAGAGAGUCAAGACAGCAAAAUACCAAAUUCUCAUGACAAAAUUUGAAAAUCUCAGAAUGGAAGAUAAGGAGAGUAUCACUGAAUUCCAUGGCAGAGUGAGAGAUUUGGCAAAUGAAGCAGAACGCCUUGGAAGACCUUUUGAAGAAGACAAUCUUGUUCUAAAGGUACUGCGCGCCCUGCCAGAAAGCUACUCUGUUGAUGCCAAGGCCAUACGUCAAGCACAUGAUCUGAAGAGGAUGACGCUGGAUCAACUAAUGGGAAAUCUUGAAACUAUUGAAUUGGCCAUGUCAGAAGAACAAAAUAAGAAGAAGACAGAGAAACAAAUAGCAUUUCAGGUGGGUGACUUAGAUUCAGAAGAUGAUGUCAUAUCAGAUGAUGACUUUCAGGAGCAGCUCUCACUGUUUACCAAACAGUUUACAAAAAGGUGGCUUCAGAAAAAGGGUAAACAGGCACUUACACAAGAUCCUCAGAGAAGUUCUCAAACCAGAAUGAUGAAGGAAUUCAAGGCACAACCUUCAGAACCAAGGAGAAAAGGGCCACAGUGCUUUGAGUGUGGUGGGUUCGGUCACAUUCAAACAGAAUGUGCAAACAACAUGAAAAAGAAAAGGCAGGCAUUUGCCUCAACUUGGAGUGAUGAAGAACCAGACACUGAAGACACUGAUGAAGAAAGUAACUGUGCCUUUGUCACAGUGGAAGUACAAGAAGACUCUGAAGAGCAGCUAAAGAUACUCCAAGAAAAAUGGAGUGAUCUGCUUGAUAUCAAUAAGAAGAAUGUGUCUAAAAAUCUUCUAUUAAAAACUAAACUGCAGAUCUGCGAGCAAACUGUUGAGAAGUUGCAACAUGAGCUGAGCCAAAAGGAAACCGAAAAUGCCAAUCUGAGACAUGAACUCGAUCAUCAUAUGAAGUAUCAGAAGUGGAUAAAUAAAGCAGGAGCAGGAAGUUCACAAGAAUGGAUGCUGAGCACAGAGGCAAAAGCCAUUGAACAUCAAGUUGACAUCUCCAAGAUGUAUGGAGACAGAACUAGGCUGGGUUAUCCAAAAGAAGAAUCAACCAAAACACCAUUAGAUCUCUUCAUCAAACGAAGUGAUCGCAGGAAAGGGAUAGACAGUCUGCCAGUCAAAGCUCCACAAACGACAACUGAUCAAGAAGCUCAGCCAGAAGAAACACAUGCAACUGAAAAUGAGGAGCAAGUACCAGAGAUAGCUACCGUUCCCACACAUAUUCAAAAGAAUCAUCCUCUGAAAAAUGUCAUCGGAUCACCAAUAGAAGGAAUGAAGACCAGGAAAAAGGCCAUAAAUUUUCUUGAGAUGACAAAGGCAUACUACACAUCAACUUCAGAACCCAGAAACAUAAAAGAAGCGCUUACUGAUGAAGCAUGGAUAAAUGCAAUGCAUGAGGAGCUAGAACAGUUUGAAAGGAACAAGGAAAAAGCUACUCGUGGGCAGCGCCAUUUACUCUCGUCUUCUCCAAGCACAAACCCUAACUCUCUGCACGAAAUUUGCUCGGCAACAAUGGUGAGAAGCAAGAUAGCUAUACCACAGAAGUUCAAUCGCUCUAAAGGCUCCAAACCGCAGCCCUCUUGGUUCAAGAAGUAUUGCCAAGUCCGAAAGAAACUUCAAGAAACAAGAGAGGACGAGGUACCAGUGGUGAAUCCUGGGUCUCCAGCAAGUAUCCCUCACAUGCAGCAGCAAGAAGAUGAUGUAGCACAUCUUCUACCUUCAGAUCUACCACAGAUGCUGCUCAUUGAAUAUCACAAGCCAGAGGAGGAAGCAGAGACCGCUGAAGUGCCGAAAUCUGAGCCAGCACCACCCACCGAUGAGCCAACUCAGCCUCCACCAGAUGCGCCAGUUCAAGAAGAUGAAGAGUUCAUUCAACUCUUGGAUGAAGAUCCUCUUGUUGCAGUCUCAGAAGUCCCUUUUCAGAAAGAACCUGCAGCAAAGAAGGGCAAAAAGAAAGUGAUUCCCAGCACAGUUCCUCAACGAAGAUCUAAGAGAAAAUUGAAGUUGGAGGAAGACUCAAGUUUAGAAGCACCACCCCAGAAGAAGCAGUCUACCCCUAUGAGUUCUGCAGCAGAUGUCACACCGGUGGUAAAAACAGGAAAGUCUCCUCACUCUCGCUUUGUUUCCUCAAAAGCUAGAUCUCUUUUCAGUAGUGUGCACAAGAAAUCUAUUAUUGUUCAAAGAAGAAUUGAUGUGGAAGAUUUUAAACUCAAGACCAAUCUGAUUCCCCUCCUUGAAAAAUCCAAAUUGAUGAAAUCUGUCACUCUCCAAGGGUCAUUUGUGAAAUCGGUAAUCUGCAAGUUCUACUGCAACCUAACUGAAUCUUGUGCUGAUCCUGCUGACCCCAUGUUUCAUAAGGUGUUUUUGCAUGGAAAAACUUAUAAACUCUCCCCUGCUCUUAUCAAUACCUUGCUUGAUCUUUCCCCUAGCAAAAGGGAUACCAAAAUCUCAGAAAAGAUCAUGUGGCUGGACCUGACAAAUGGACAAAGAGCCUCUCAGUCCAGCAAAGCAAAAAUUUCCUCCUCAAUACUUAAAAGCUCCUAUGCUAUCUUACUCAGGGUUGCAGCUCUUCACUGGCUUCCUACUACACACACCAAUACUGUUUCCAAGAUUAUGGCCAGACUCCUCUACACAAUUAAGCACAACAUUCCUUUUGACCUAGGGCAACUAAUCUUUGAUCAGAUAAUGCUCUUUGCAGCUGAGAAAUACAAGGUCAACUCCAUUGGGCUUCCCUAUCCAACACUUCUGUACAGUCUACUGGUCUCACAGGGGUUCAGCAAAGAAGAAGAAGAGGAGGAAGAACUUGAAGAGUCCCCACUCCAAGUAGACAGCCGGCACAUGGAGGGAAAGCAUCACAAUGACAUGGAGGUUGCUGUUCCAACAACUGAAAAAGACAAGAAGACACCCUCCUUGGUGAAAUUUUUGGAGCAGAAACUGAUGCAGGUCAAAGAAGAGUUAGCCAGGACCUCACAGCUGAAAGAAAAACUGGAGAUUGAAAAGGGUCACUUGGUGGUGUUGUUGCGCCAGGCUAGGGAGGCAAUUCUAGAUGAGGAGCCCACAGACUCAGAGGAGGAGAUUCUUGGAAGCAUGCCUUCUGAUGAACAGGGAAGUCACACUGAGGGGGAGAGAGUAUGUGUUUUGCUCACUUAUGACUUGCUUGUGGAUUUCACUGGUUUGUUUGGGUUUGAUGCUGUUGGAUUUGCUUUAUGGUUCUUGUGCCAUGUUCUAUUGCUCAGUAUGAUCUAUGCUUGCUCUUAUGCACUUCAUUCUCAAGUUUAUAUUAUGCACAAGGGUCUAGUGACGGAUGUAGGUACAGCUCUGUGUUACACUCUUUAGGUAUUCUAUGUCAUAGUGUACCUACUCUUGAUCGGUUGAAUAUUACUCUUCAAAUCUUUGCCCCAAAUUUUUCAAUAAAACUUGGCAUUUUUU